AGUAGCAGGAGGAGGAGGAGAGCGCCCAGGAGGAGCAGGUGCUCAGCAGCCCCCCCCCCGCCGAGUGGUCCUGCAGCCAAGAUGCAGCCCUCCAUGGUCACCCUGCUGGCCACACUCCGCCUUCUGGCCUGGGCAGAUGCCGGCCCUCUCCCACAGUCGCAGCACCAGGCAGCCAUCUUCUCGGACUUGACCCCCACAGAACUGCAGGCGGUCCAGGACUUCCUGAUGAGCCGCCCGGAACUGGGGCUCCAGCCGAACCCAGAGGAGACCCUGGCCAAGAACAGCCUCUUCCUGAUCGAGCUUCUGUCCCCCAGGAAAAGCCAGGCCUUGCGCUACCUGGAUGGAGAGGGCCACACCCCUCGGCGCCGGGCCCGGGCGGUGGUGUUCUUCGGGGCCGGCCCCAGGCCCAACGUCACGGAGUACGUGGUGGGGCCACUGCCUGUGCCCACCUUCUACCGGCCUCGUGGCCAGCCGGUGGCCUACACAGCCAGACCCAUGUCCCAGCUGGAGUACAAGUUGCUCUACAGGAGCCUGGCGACGUUGCUGGCCCCUCUGAAGCGCUUCCUGCACGACGUCUCCGGCUUUGGGCUGGAGGAGGAGUGCAAGGCCCGGUGCCUGACCGCCACGGACGUGGCGCCCCGCGGGCUGGCCCCCGGCGAGCGGCGGACCUGGCUGAUCCUGCAGCGCUUUGUGGAGGGCUAUUUCCUGCACCCGGUGGGCCUGGAAGUCCUGCUGGAGCACAGGGAGCUGGACCCGAGGCUCUGGGCGGUGCAGAAGGUGUGGUACAACGGGCAGUACUUUGCCAGCCCGGAGGAGCUGGCCGAGAGGUAUGCCCAGGGAGCCGUGGAGACAGUCCCCCUGCCUCCGCACCCAGAGGAGAGCCUCUUCUCCACCUUUGUGCCACGGGGGAACUUCACCGCCGGCCCCCCUACGGACGUGCACGGGGCCAAAGUCUGCGAGCCCCAUGGCCAUCGCUACUCGGUGCGGGGCAACCUGCUGGAGUACAGUGGCUGGAGCCUGGCUUUCCGGCUGCGCACCUCCACGGGCCUGCAGCUCUUUGACGUGCGCUUUAAUGGCGAGCGCAUCGCGUAUGAGCUGAGCGUGCAGGAGGCCGUUGCGUUCUAUGGGGGGGCCACGCCUGCCACCAUGCAGACCAAGUACAUCGAUGUGGGGUGGGGCAUGGGCUCCGUCACGCACGAACUGGCCCCCGGCAUUGAUUGCCCAGAGGUGGCCACCUUCCUGGAUGCCCAUCACCAGUAUGACGCUGACGGCCCCGUCCGCUACCCUCGUGCCAUCUGCAUCUUUGAGCUGCCCACAGGCGUGCCCAUCAGGCGUCACUUUGACAACAACUUCCAGGGUGGCUCCAACUUCUACGGUGGCCUGGAGGGCCAUGCGCUUGUGCUGCGCACCACCUCCACGGUGUACAACUACGACUACAUCUGGGACUUCUUGUUCUACCCCAACGGGAUGCUGGAGGCCAAGGUCCACGCCACCGGCUACGUCCACGCCUCCUUCUACACGCCGGAAGGGAUCCAGUAUGGCAACCGAAUCCAGACUCACGUGCUCGGCAACAUCCAUACGCAUCUGGUCCAUUAUAAGGUUGACUUGGACGUUGCAGGGGCAGCCAACAGCUUCGAGACGGUGGACGUGGCCUUGGAGAACAUCUCCUACCCCUGGGAGCCGAGCGCGCGGCUGCUGCAGCCCCGCCUGCUGCGCCAGCCCCGCCUCCGCGAGCGCCAGGCCGCCUUCCCCUUCGGCCGGCUGCUGCCGCGCUACCUGCUGGUCUCCAACCCCCGCCAGAGCAACGCCUGGGGCCACCUGCGCAGCUACCGCAUCCAGCUCCACUCGCAGGCCGACCGGGUCCUGCCCCGCCACUCGAGGGAGGAGAGGGGCGUCGCCUGGAGCAGAUACCACUUGGCAGUGACGCAGCACCAUGAGAAGGAAGAGACCAGCAGCAGCCUCUACACCCAGAACAACCCCUGGCAGCCCCCCGUGAACUUUGAGGACUUCCUCCAGAAUGACGAGAGCCUGGAGAAGCAGGAUCUGGUGGCCUGGGUGACGGUGGGCUUCCUCCACAUCCCCCACGCAGAGGACAUUCCCAACACAGCCACGCCGGGCAACGUGGUGGGCUUCUCCCUGCGGCCUUUCAACUACUUCGCGGAGGAUCCCUCCGUGGCGUCCCGCAGGACUGUGAUUGUGCGGCCGGCCAGGCCUGGCAGCAAGGAGGGGGUGCGGAUCCAGCGCUGGACCCCCAACAGCCCUGGCGCCUGCGUCUCUGAGGAGCCGUUCAGCUACAAGGGCACCUACGGCCAGGAGUAGCUGCCUCUGGGACGGACUCCCCCCCCACCCCCCCAGAGGCCACGUGGGGCCUGCAGUGCCGCCUCUCCCCCUCGGGCCCUGCUCCUUGGAGGGCGCUGGCUCUCUGCCCAGUGGCCACAGCAGCAAUGGGUCCCCCGGGGGGAAGGGGCCCCGCUGAGCCACCCCUGCAGGCAGACCGUGCCCACAGCCUUGGACCCCACAGCGAGACCUUUCCGUGGGAGCAGCAGGCCUGGCUCCUGGGCACCCCGUUCCCUCACAAGGAUUCUGAUGUCCACUCAGUUAAUUUCAGAUCCCGCUCAGGCUGAAUCCGGAAGGCCCCCCUCGGAAUGCAGGUGGGCACACACUGCCUUGACGCUGCUGCCCAGAACAAAACUCAUUCCUCACCCAGCUGGGGGAAAUGAGAGGGCCCACUGCUGGACCCCCCCAUUAAUGCGUUCGGGAAGGUUUCGUAGGACUUUCCUGACAUUCUAUAUGGCAACAGAGCAGAAUCUCUCCCAGAACUUCAGGAAAGGGUUAGGGUCCCGACAAAGGAAGCUGGUUGCAGGCAGUUCAGGAGAGAAGAACUAAAUGGUUUUUUUACACAGUUCAGCAUGUAUAUGUUCACUGCCAACUGGUGGGGGUGAUGGCCAUCACGGCUGUUUAAAAGAGGAUCAAAUACAGUCAUGGAAAAGGGGCAAGGCCCUCACCUUGGGGCAGGAAGCAUGAACCCUCCCCUUUAUUAAGCAGGGUCUGCCCUGGUUUGCAUUUGAAUGGGACACUACAUGUGAGCACUGUAAGGUCUUCCUCUUAGGGAUGGGGCCACAGCUCAGUGGAAGAGGAGCAUCUGCUUGCAUGCAUGCAGAAGGUCCCAAGCGCCCUCCCUGGCAGCAGCAUCUCCAAGAUAUGGCCGAGAAAGACUCCUGCCUGCAACCUUGGAGAAGCUGCUGCCAGUCUGGGUAGACAAGACUGAGCUAGAUGGACCAAGGGUCUGACUCAGUAGGAGGCAGCUUCCUAUGUUCCCAAGGCCUAUCAAUGGUCGUGAGUUAUGCUGGCUAAGAGGAGCCUCCACAGCCAUAAGAGCAGCCCUGCUGGAUCAGGCCCUAUCUAGCCCAUCUAGUCCAGCAUCCUGUUUCCCAAAGUGGCCCACCAGAGGCCCAUGGGAACGGGUGUAUCUAGGGGUGUGUCUAGAUACACGGGCAGGGGUGUAUCUAGGCAGGCAGGGCAUGUGCCCUGGGCACCACUUGAAGGGGGGCGCCAUUUUUAAAAUAAAAAUAAAAAAUAAAAAAUGGCCGCCGCAAAUAAAAUGGCCACCCUGCAUGCUCAAAUGGCCUCUGUGAGGCCCUAGGCCAUGCCAGGCCUCGCAGAGGCCAAAUGAGCAUGAGCAGUGGCCAUUUUGUUUUCAGUGGCCAUUUUUAAAAUAUAUAUAUAUAUUUUUAAAAAUGGCCACUGCACAUGCUCAAAUGGUUCCUGUGAGGCCCUCAGCCCGGGAUGGGCUGAAGUGGUGAACUAAGAGGCCUGCGGCGGGAGGGGAACCUUUGCAGACCCCCCAUGGCCUUUAGGAAGCCCCCCCUGAAGGGGCUACAGGUAAAAAAAAACCAUUUUUUAAAUUGAAUAUAAUGUAAGUCACUGUACACAUAAUCAGUUUGGCACUAUGUACAGAGAAUCAGGGCUUGUGAAUACUGAGUGAAGCUUAUGAGCUAGGAUUGUAUUCAUUUGCUUUUACUUUGCUUCUUGUGAUAAGUGAGUUAAAUGUGAUGUCUUAAUAAUAUGGCUAUAAAUGGUGAGUUUGUCUUUGAAUCAGUGUGAAAUCCUUAGUAUUAAGGCCAUUGGGAGUUUCUUGCUCUCUUUCUCUCAUUUUAACUGUCUUUCUGAAAGACUAGAAUAUAUUCCAAGCAGUGAUACAGUUUACUCUGCAUAGCCUUUAAUUAUUUUCAGAGUAUCUGGGAAAAGUCAAAUUCCCCAUUUAUUUUUAAAACUGAUGUAAUAGCUAUGCUACAAUGCAUAGUAGAGAAUUAGACAGGCACUUCUGUUGAGUUUUCCAAGUACACCUCCACAUAGUAAUUGGGUAUUUCAUGAGCCCCAGCAUACUGAAAUUUGUCGUUUCCCAGCAUUUUUUUUUGGUCUGGCUACAUCGACUGCUAAAUAGUUUUUGAAAUAUUAAAAGAUUAACGAGC